AUGGGCGAUCAGUCAUCGCCGCGAAACGAUUCGGCCAUCAUAGCCCUUGUUCGGACCGAAGAACUAGAUGGGAUUAUAUUUUCCAUGCGUCAGAUGGAGCAAAAUUUCAACGCCAAAUUUGGAUAUCCAUGGAUUUUCUUCAACGACAAACCCUUCACUGAAGAGUUUAAGCGGCGGACCAGGCUAGAAACGCGAGCGUCAUGUCUUUAUGAACAGAUCCCUUCAGAGCAUUGGGAUAUACCCAGCUCUGUUGACCCAGGCAAAUUGACAGAGCACAUGGCCAACAUGAAAUCCCGUGGCGUUAAGCACGCGUCAGAUUUGAGCUAUCAUCAAAUGUGUCGGUGGUACUCAGGCUUCUUCUACAAGCAUCGCGCCCUUAGUCACCUUCGAUAUUACUGGCGGGUGGAACCCUGGAUCAAGCUCUUUUGCCCCAUUGAGUACGACGUCUUCCAGUAUUUAUCAGACAAUGACAAAGUAUACGGAUUCACCAUUAAUAUCUAUGACGACCCUCUUACACUCCCCUCGCUAUGGCCGGAAACACUCGCCUUCAUUACGGAGAAUCCCCAUCACCUCGGCCAGAACAACGCCUGGAAAUGGCUGACAGACAACACGCACAGGCCUGAUGUCAACCUUCGGGCAAACGGCUUCAGCACAUGCCACUUUUGGAGUAAUUUUGAGAUCGCCGACCUCAACUUCUGGAGAGGUGAUGCGUAUGAUUCUUACUUUCAACAUCUGGACCGCUCUAACGGGUUCUUCUACGAGCGCUGGGGAGACGCGCCGGUGCACAGCAUAGGUGUAGGGUUAUUCGAAAACAUCUCUAGAAUCCACUGGUUUCGAGAUAUUGGCUACCAACAUACCGUCUAUGCCAACUGCCCCGAUUCAGACCGAUGCAACGGCUGUGAACCAAACAAAUUUGCCCCCGUUGCUUUCUGGCUGAAUCAAGAGGACUGCCGUGUCAACUGGCUGGACCAGGUUUGCCAAGACAGUGCCAUGGAACAUGGUUAUCUGUGUCCGAAACGAAAUAGAAAUCAUUGA